GCCCAAGCUACAUUUCAUGUCUCACUUACACCCUGAACGUAUCAGAGCAAGGCGCUGCUGCAAGCGAACGUGGAGAACUAGUAGGAGCGGAGAUGGAAGUCCCCACCGCCAAGCCAGAGGACAAGCAGGUCAAACCCAUGGUUGUUGAUUUGGACCAGCGCCGGAGCUUCGCAGAGUACCUCAUCAGCUCGGACGUGAAGCUAGUCCGAGCAGAAUUCAUGUGGCACCUGCAGCGGCAGGGCCAAGCUUUGCCCCGGCGGCAGGAGGCGGAAGGCAUGACGUUCCCAGACAAAGCCGAGCAACAGAGGCCCGCGCUCGUGUCACAUGAAGAAGUGUGGCAAUGGGCUGAGGGCAAACUUCCCCAUGUGUUUGUGCUCUCUGUGUCGCAUUGUUGGGAGGCGAGAGAGCACCCAGACCCAUGUGGGCACCAGCUUGGUCUGGUGGCAAGUUUCACCAGCUUGCAUUACGCCGUAUAUGAGUGCCAGCAAUGGUUGUUUUUCGAUUACCUUUCUGUCUACCAGUAUGAGCGAGAGCUCGCUGAGCAGGAGAGAAGCUUCCGAAAAGCCCUUGAUAACAUGCACGCGCUGUACGCGCACGCAUCCACCUCCACACUCCGCAUUGAAGGUCUCACCCCGCCUGAGGUCUUGGGCAAAAUGCAAGACGAAGGCAAACAUCUUAUGGUUUAUCAUGGGCCGAGCAAGCGAGUGAUGUCUAUCCCACUCACUGAUUUGCGGGAGCCCCACAAAUGUGGCACAGAUUGCCCCUUCCUACAUUUGAACCGAACUCCAUACCUCGAAAGAGGAUGGUGCCGCAUAGAGGUGGAGUGGUCCUCGUCGAGAGGAAAGCAUGCCCGGAACGUGCGAAUUGAUGGGCAAGGCCGUGAGAAAUACGCCUUCAAGGCACCAAUGCCCCCCGACAAGUUUCAGGAGCAGGUGGGCUCCCACUUAAAGUUUACCCACCGAAGUGACUGCGAUGCAGUCCUCGCCUUGCAGCGCCGGAUUUUUUACGAGCGCGCCAGCACCACCGAGGAGCUGGUGCAAACCGGCCUAGCAGAAGAGGAGGUGGUGACCCUGGCCCAGGUGCUUUCGGAAUACACGCAGGUGCGGCGCCUGCGCAUCACGCUGAGCGAGAUGGCCCCCGCUGCAGCGAAAGCGCUGGGCGAGGCCCUGGCCGCCCACCCGACCCUGCAGGAGGUCGAGUGCCCGGGGCCGGAUUGGUGCUGCUUGCAGAUUCGAGGCGGCGGCCGCGACCCGCUGGCCAAGGCACUGGCCAAGGCGCUCAGGACCAACCCGAAGAUUACGAAGGUGGAUUUGUCCUGCAACGAAAUCACCGCUGACGGGGCGCAGGCUCUGGGCGACGCCCUGGCCCAGAACAACUCGGUCACGAGCCUCGAUUUACGUGGCAACUGCAUUGGCAACGUGGGCGCCAAGGCUCUGGGCGACGCCCUGGCCCAGAACAACUCGGUCACGAGCCUCGAUUUGGCAGUGAAUGAGCUUGGCGACGAGGGCGCCAAGGCGCUGGCCGCGGCCCUGGAGAUCAACUCCGCCGUGACCGAGAUCGAUUUGAGGAACAACAGGAUCCGUGACGAGGGGGCGAAGGCCUUGGAGGAGGCGCUCAAGAAGAAUUCCACUGUCACGAGCCUCGAUUUGAGUCACAAUAACCUCAGCAAAGAGCGGGAGCAGGCUUGGAGAAGGAGAAGGAUGCAAGAGUUGCUUGCAGUCAAGCUGGACAAGAAGCCAAAACAAUGUCAAGACGAUGCGCUUGCAGAAAUCUCGCCCAAGCCAGGUUUCGAGGCGUUGGCCGACGCCCUGACACAGAACGCCACGGUGAAACGCGUCUAUUUGGGGUGGAAGGGCCCAAGCGCCGUGACAAAAACAUUCAUCAAAAUCGGCGAAGAGGGCGCCAAGGCAUUGGCCGAUGCCCUGACACAGAACACCAUGGUGACUGAUCUCAAUUUGGGUUCGAAUGGAAUUGGCGACGUAGGCGCCAAGGCGUUGGCCGACGCCCUGGCGCAGAACGCCACGGUGAAACUCGUCAACUUGAGCAGCAACCAAAUUGGUGAUGAGGGCGCCAAGGCAUUGGCCGAUGCCCUGACACAGAACACCAUGGUGACUAAGCUCGUCUUGUGGAGCAAUCAAAUUGGCGCCGAGGGCGCCAAGGCGUUGGCCAAUGCCCUAGCGCAGAACGCCACGGUGAAACUCGUCGACUUGAGCAGCAACCAAAUUGGUGAUGAGGGCGCCAAGGCAUUGGCCGAUGCCCUGACACAGAACACCAUGGUGACUGAUCUCAAGUUGAAUUGGAAUCCAAUUGGCGACGUAGGCGCCAAGGCCUUGAAGGAGCUGGCAGCGGCGAAGAAAGCGCAGGGCAUGAAGUUUUGGGUGGACGUCUGAGGCCAAAGAUCGCCAAAAACACACAUGUGCGAUCCACUGAGCACAGUGCUGGCCUGCUCAAGCAAGAAAUGAGUACGGAGCUCGCUUGUUCUCACAUGCUCUCUGGAGCAGCGGAAGACGCCAAAGGUGCCAUUUUGAUUGCAGGAGAAGAUUCAGCACUUCGCAGUUCUCCAUCAAGUUUCACCUUUUUGCCAACGAGUCAGCUUCGAAAUUACCGUC